CUUAGAAGAAACAACUAUAGACUUCACUGAAGAAAUAACUACUGAUGAGACUCUUGAACCGAUAACAGAAUUCACUUCAGACAUACCUACAAAUAUCACAGAGAUAUCAACACCAUUUACAACAGAUUCAUCAAAGGAAGAUUCAACAGAGGAAACUGAACUACCAACAACAGGAGUUACUGAUCAAUCAACUGCAACCACAAAACCACAAUCAACUACAAGAAUUACAGGUGGAUCCACCUUAGAAGAAACAACUAUAGACUUCACUGAAGAAAUAACUACUGAUGAGACUCUUGAACCGAUAACAGAAUUCACUUCAGACAUACCUACAAAUAUCACAGAGAUAUCAACACCAUUUACAACAGAUUCAUCAAAGGAAGAUUCAACAGAGGAAACUGAACUACCAACAACAGGAGUUACUGAUCAAUCAACUGCAACCACAAAACCACAAUCAACUACAAGAAUUACAGGUGGAUCCACCUUAGAAGAAACAACUAUAGACUUCACUGAAGAAAUAACUACUGAUGAGACUCUUGAACCGAUAACAGAAUUCACUUCAGACAUACCUACAAAUAUCACAGAGAUAUCAACACCAUUUACAACAGAUUCAUCAAAGGAAGAUUCAACAGAGGAAACUGAACUACCAACAACAGGAGUUACUGAUCAAUCAACUGCAACCACAAAACCACAAUCAACCACAAGAAUUACAGCUGGAUCCACCUUAGAAGAAACAACUAUAGACUUCACUGAUGAAAUAACUACUGAUGAGACACUUGAACCUAUAACAGCAUUCACUUCAGACAUACCUACAAGCUUCACCAAAAUAUCAACACCAUUUACAACAGAUUCAUCAGAGGAAGAUUCAACAGAGGAAACUGAACCAUCAACUACUGGAUUUACUGAUCAAACAUUAAAUACUGAUGAGACACUGGAACCGAUAACAGCAUCCACAUCAGACAUAUCUACAAGCUUCACCAAAAUACCAACAGCAUUUACGACAGAUUCAUCAGAAGAAGAUUCAACAGAGGGAACUGUACCACCAACAAUUGGAGUUACAGAUCAAUCAAAUGCAACUUCAACACUACAAUCAACUACAAGAAUUAUAGCUGGAUCCACUCUAGAAGAAACAACUGUAGACUUGACUGGUGGAUCAACUACUGAUGAGGCACUGGAAUUGACAACAGCAUUCACACCAGACAUAUCUACACAUGUCACAGAAAUAUUAACACCAUUUACAACUGAUUCAUUUGUGGAACAUUCAACAGAGGAAACUGAACAAACUACAAGAGUUACAGAUCAAUCAACUACAACCUCAACACCACAAUCAACCACAAGAAUUACAGCUGGAUCCACCUUAGAAGAAACAACUAUUAACUUAACUGAUGAAAUAACUACUGAUGAGACACUGGAACUGACAACAGCAUUCACAUCAGACAUAUCUACAAGUGUCAUGGAAAUAUUAACGGCAGUUACAACAGAGGAACAUUCAGAGGAAACUGAACUAUCAACUACAAGAGUUACCGAUCAGUCAACUACAACCUCAACAUCACAAUUAACCACAGGAAUUAUAGCUGGAUCAACAUUAAAAGAAACAACUGUUCAGUUUACUGACAGAAUAACUACUGAUGAGGCACUGGAACUGACAACAGCAUUUACAACAGAGGAACAUUUAGAGGAAACUGAACUAUCAACUACAAGAGUUACCGAUCAGUCAACUACAACCUCAACAUCACAAUUAACCACAGGAAUUAUAGCUGGAUCAACAUUAAAAGAAACAACUGUUCAGUUUACUGACAAAAUAACUACUGAUGAGGCAAUGGAACUGACAGCAGCAUUCACAUCAGACAUAUCUACAAGUGUAACUGAUAUAUCAACGGCACUUACAACAAAAGAACAUUCAGAGGAAAAUGAACUAUCAACUACAAGAGUUACUGAUCAAUCAACUACAACCUCAACACCACAAUCAACCAUAGGAAUUACUAUUGGAUCCACCAUAAAAGAAACAGCUACAGACACUGCCUUAUCAACUACUGAAAAUGCACUGGAAUCCACAACACCAUUCACAUCAAGAAUAUCUAAAAGUGUGACUGAAGAAUCAACAAUAUCAUUUACAUCAGAAUUGUCUUCAAGUGUUACUGAAAAAUCAACACCAUUUACAACUGAGGAAGCUUCAACUGCAGAGACUGAAAUGCCAACUACAGGAAUUACUAUUCAAUCGACUACACUCAUGACACCAGACUCAACCACAGGAGCCAAAUCAUUCACUAAGAUUCCUGAUUUAUCAACUACCACAGAAAUAAUUUCAACAGAAUUUACAAUUACAGGAAUUACUGAUCAGUCAGUUUCAUCUAUCACAACAGAAAUUAAAUCCACAUCAGCAGAAUCAACCACUCAUGUCAUGGCUGAGUCCACAGCUACAUCAACCAAGGCUACUACAGUCAAAUCAACCAUAUCAAUGACAGAACAGCUAACAACCACAUUCACAUCAGAGUCCUCUACAGGAAUUAGCGGAGGAAAAGAAACCACAGUGAUCACAACACAACCUGAGGUAACCACAUCCAGGACUACAGCAAAUACAGAAGAAUCAAUGACAUCAGUGGACACUACAUUGGCUACCAUUGAGAGCUCAUCUACCAGUGCAACUACUGUCUCGCAUGAAAGUCCCAUCUUUUCACCACAAUCUACAACACAACCACUAACAACUGUAGUGGAACUCACUACAACUGCAGCAAAGCCUACACCACUUACAACUACGAUCCAUGUCAGCUUUACAAGUGAUGAACCGUUUAAUACUGAACUGGAGAUCCCAACUUCAACUAUGUUUACAGAACGAGAACAAAAAGUCAAACAUGAAUUUGAGCCAAUCUUAAAAAAAGCAUUUAUCCACUUCCUCGGAUUGACAGUUAUUCGGUUCCGUUCUGGAUCAGUCAUCACAGACAUGAAUUUGAAAUUCAUGAUAGACAAUGUCCCUGAGGAUAAUAAUAUCACACAAGUUAUCAUGAAUGCAAACACUACAUUUAAUAUAACCAAUGUAGAGGUCAAGCAGACAGAUGAUGCUACAACUUCAACUAAACCUUCUAUAACAACCAUUACACCCACUACAACCAAACCAGCAACAACCCAGACUACAGUUACAACAACACCCCAAGAUUCAAACAGCACCCAGACUACCACCCUCACAGCAACUAUAUUACAACCUGUAACAACUGCAAUCCAGUCAUUAAUGACUUCACAACAAACUGAAAUCCAACCUACAACUGAGACUCUGUCAACAAUGGCAUCACACCUUGCAACAGCUACAUCCCAGCCUACGUUCUCAACAUCUGCCCAGCCUACAGAUACCGUCCAGACCAUAACUAUUUUACAACCAACACAAACUGAAAUCCAACCUAUAACCGAGGCCCAGUCAACAAUGACUACAUCACAACUAGCAACAGCUACAACCCAGCCUCCAUUCUCAACAACUGCCCAGACUACAAAUACAGACCAGUCUGUAUCUAGUUCACAACCUACACAAACUAAUAUUCAAUCAACAAUUACUAAAUCACAACUCACAGCAGAUACAUCCCAACCUACGUUUUCAACAACUGCCCAGACCAUGAAUACUUUGCAAACUACACAAAGUACAAUCCAAUCUAUAACUAAUACCCAAUCAGCAAUUACAUCACAGCUUGCAACAGCUACAACCCAGCCUACAACCUCAACAACUGCCACAACACAGCCUAAAACUUCAAUCCAGCUGACAAAAUUAACCCAACCUCAGAGUACAACUCAAUCUACCAUUAUAUCUACAACCAAAUCUACAACUGCAAUCCAGACCACAACUACAACCCAACCAAUAUCCAUUACAGUCCAGUCAACAAUGACAUCAAACCCUGUGACAGCUACAAGUAAACAACCAAAUACAAUUACAACCCAGCAGACAACAUUAGCCCCUUUAAAACCUACGGUUACUGCUCAACAAACAACACAUUUAUUCCAACCUACCAGUACAAUUCAAGCUACAUUUAAAUCUACAGGCAAAUCUACAACUACAAGCCAACCUAUAACUCCUACAAUCCAACCCACAAUUACAUCUCAGUCUCCAGCUGAAACAACCCAGCUUAUAUCUGCUACAACCCAAACUACAAUAAAUGCUUCAUCUUUAUCCCCUGUUCCAACUUUGGACCAGUCUAUGAGUACACCUACAGCACAGCCUAUAGCUACAUCCCUACCUAGAACUACUACAAUCCAACCUACAAUAUUAACCUUUACCUCACCUAAUACAACUGCAACUCAGCCUACACUUCAAACUACAACACAGACUAUAGCUUCUUCCCAGCCAACAUUAACUAUGUCACCACCCACAACUACAAACCAGGCAACCCAGUCUUCAUCUUCAACUAUAACCCCAUCUAAAACACCAACCCAACUCACCAUAGCUACAAUGCAGCCAACAGUAAAUACAUUGAAACCUACAACUAGAUCACAGAUUGUAACUACACCUACAACCCGACAUAUAACAACUGCAGCCCACUCUAUGUCUUCAAGUACUACCUCACCUAAUGCACCAAACCAACUCACCAACAAUCAAACAACACCAACAACAGCCACAAACACAACACCACCACCACCACCACCACCAACAACAACAACCACAACACCAAUACCACCAAGCACAACACCAACAACCACAACGUCCACACCACCAACACCAACCACAACGACAACAACAGCCACAACAAGAGCAGCCUCAACACCAACAAAAACCACAACACUACCAUCAACAACAACAACAACCACAACAACAACCACAACACCAACAACAACAUCCACAACAAGAGCAGCCCCAACACCAACAAAAACCACAACACUAUCAACAACCACCACAACAACAACUAAAACACCAACAACAACAGCCACAACAACAACAACCACAACAACAACCACAACACUAAAACCAACAACAACCACAACAACAACACCAACAACAACAACCACCACCACAGCAGCAAUUCCAACACGCCCUCCACCAGUUGUAACCAUAGAGAUGGUCAUUUUAGUAGCAUUCAGUGAAGAUCUACAAAACACGGCAAGCGUGGCAUUUAAGAACCUAGCAGAACAAGUUGAAACUGAGUGUUACAAAGUAUAUAAACUGAAGUAUGGACCUCUUUUCAUCAAGGUUAUUGUGAUUGCUUUCAGAGCUGUUGCUAAAACCCGGGCAGAACAAAAUGUACAGGCAGAGCUUCAAUUAGUGUUUGACCAAACCUCCACUGAACCCAUUCCUAGCAACGCUGAAAUUGUGCAGACUCUAAAAGAAGCAGCAACAACUCCGAACUCAAACUUCAACCUUAAUGUUGAUGUGACCUCUAUUACGGUUACCAAAUCACUGCAGAUAAUACCAUUGACAAUCCUGACUGAUGGAACCUUUGUGGCUGCUCUUUUAAAUAAAAGUUCAAUUGAUUUUCAGAACAGGGCAACAAUGAUAAAAACAGGGCUUGAACCUUUCUUCUUUGCUGAUUACAGUACGUCAUUCAGCAUCUUAACUGUAACAAACUUCAGUGAUGCCAGGGUAAAAACAAAGAGUAUGCCCACGAUCCGAAACUCUAUGGAUCUUACAUUUGCAGCGAACACCCCUCUACCCAAUAGCACCCAGAUAGUGAACACUAUAGUUCGAGCAGCCAACAGCUCGUUACCCUUCCAGAUCUUCACGUCUGAAAUUGUGAUAAAUGGUACAGCAUUUUCAUCAUGUGAAGUCAGCAGCAAGAUCAGUGUGUUGACCGCUUUAGUUCUAGUUGCUGUGUCACUUCUGGUUCCAUGGUUUGAUUGACCAUAAUCCCAAUAUAACUGAUUCAGACAGGUCUGAAUUUUGUGUGGGAAGGACUGGUACAUAUAUGUAAACUAGACCUUGAAAUGAAAAUACACUGAAUUUCAGCUCUGUAUAUACCUAGAGAACAGGCUGAACCAUGCCUAGUCUUAAAAGUACUUUCUGUCAUUUGUUAUUUAUUCUGAAAAAAGAAAA